AGGGCAUGGAUGGAAAUUCUCGAGGAAGCUGACUCGAUAUCUGUUCAGCAUAUUCGUGUCAAAGAUCGUCUAGUGGAUGAGGCUCAACGAAAGUGGAAGAAACUCCAUGAGAAGCUCGAAGCAAGCAAAAAAGCCUACUACAAUGCUUGUCGUCAAGAGAAAUCAGCCCUUGUUCAUCUAAACAACACUCAGGCUGAUCCUGCUUUGUCACGGGAUGGCGCCAAAAAAUUCCGCGACCGUCUGGAAAAGUGUCGCGAAGAUGUACAAAAAUGUAAAUUAUUUUAUGAGAAGAACAUUGAAGAGAUCACACACUACAGGCAGAUUGCCGUAAAAGUGAUAUCACACAAAGUUUUUAGAGAACGAACGCCAUACAUCGAGGAAAUGACGUUUGAAUUCGAGAAAUGUCAAGCAAUCGAGAUGAAACGAAGUAAAUUCAUCAUUGAAAUGCUGUCUGCCACCCAAAAAGUACUUGUGGAUUUAGCGUGUGACAACAGAUUCACUCAACUUCAUGGUAAUCUCGAAAAUGUACUGCGAUCUUGCGACGAGAGUGCAUUGGCGGCUGACUUGCAAGCAUGGUCGGCAUUAAACGGCAAGGACGCAUGCACAGAAUGGCCGGCUUUUGAGGAAUAUACGGAAUCACUGCGAGCGAUCGCAAAAAAAGGACAUUCGAAUUCGACUGCGACUGGUGUGAUUCUUACUAAACAAAUUAUAAAAACAGACGACAUGCCCGGUCCAGCCACUGUAGCGGCGCCGAACAGUGAUUGUGGCAAGAGCAAUGAUUCGGGCACGAACAGCAUGACUGGCGUUCAUAAGAAUGAUCUACACAAAGUAAAAGUCCGAUCGACUCAGCAAAAUACAGACGGACAACAGGAGAACAGGGGUUCACCACCCUUGUCUAUUGCAACUCUUGAUUCGGCGAGGUAUAGUGGCUAUGAAGAACUCCGCACGAAAUGUACUGCUACUGUACUGUACAACUAUAGCCCAAACGAAAGCGAUGAGAUUCCGUUACAAAAGGGUACAGUAUGA